UAUCAAUACUCACUUCCUCUUCAGCCUCACAAACGCCGCCGCUCCCUCCUCAUUCUGCCUCACCGUAUCCCCCUACUUCCUUUUCUCCUUCAUCGCCGUCGCGGCCGCAAUCCGUUCCUUGCCUUUCCAACAACGUCGUCGUCGUCGGUUUCAUUGGGAGGAGACCUAAUAAUUCGAUUCAACUCAUCAAUCGGGUUAGCGAUUACAAUGUUUUUGGAUCCGGUAAAUUGGAUACAAAAUUGGUUGUCGAGAAAAAGGAAGUUGAACAAUGGUUCAAGCGGCGACGAAUUAGUUACUACCACGAGGAGGAAAGGGGGAUUAUGUUUUUGCAGUUUUCUUCCCACAGAGUCUCCGUGUUCGAGGCGAAAACCGAUUAUGAUGCGGAGGUUCAAGAACAUGAGUUUGGUGAUCUUCAGGGAAUGCUUUUUAUGUUCUCUGUUUGUCAUAUAAUCAUAUAUAUUCAGGAGGGGUCGUGGUUUGAUACUAAUGUUUUGAAAAAAUUAAGAACAUUAUAGUCUGCUAAGUAUGCAUUGGUAAAAUCUCGACCUAAACCACCAUUGCCGUCUAGGCUGCGUUCUUUAUCUGCUUCAUAUUCCUCAUUGUUUCCUGGACCGUGUACACCAGUGAUACUCUUUAUUUUCAUUGAUGACUUCUCAGAUGGUCCCAUGACUAAUUUCAGCAAGAAAUUGCAGUCAUCUCUUGAAGCACAAAUUCGCUUUCUAAUCAAGAAUUUUUGGAGGCUUAAUGGUUCUAGAGGUGGAAGGGCCUCAAGUUAUGCAUUUUUGUUUUCACUUGAUGCAUUAAAAGCUGUUGUUCUUGUGGACAGGUCUGCAAAUAGAACAGCUGAAUCUCUAGAGUUUGUCAUUAGCCUUAUGGAAGAUGUUUCCAAAGGACAAGCUAUUUCAGAUUCUCUUCUGCUUGAAAGCCAUGGUGAAAGUGCUAGCGAAGAGGAUUUAGUGUCUCUAAAGGAGUUUAUUUCUCGGCAGGCUGACAUUCUAAGGGGUGGAGCCUUUACUACUCAUGAACUUCCAAGUAUGGAGAUUUGGUUAUCUUCAAGCAAACGAAUUCUCCAGGGGAUUCUCUCUGCAAAAUGUGGUUGCAUAGAUAUACUGGAAACCAGAAAACGAAAACCACAUUGUCAGUACGUUCCUUCGGCAUCGAUCGAGAGAAAUGCUUUAGGUAUCGCCGUAUCUAGGUUUUCAACUUCAUGGUGUGAAAGAGUAUUACCAGGUGCUAAGGAGGUUUAUCUAAGAGAUUUACCUGCAUACUACUUCAAAUCACAGCAUGAAGCUCACAUGGAGAAGGCUGUGCUUGCUUUACAUUUAAUGGUCAAGGGGCCUGCGGUGCAACAUUUUGCAGAAAGGUUGAAGGAAGAAUGCAAAUCCAUUUGGAUAUCAGGGAGGCAGCUAUGUGAUGCUGUUAGUCUGACUGGAAAACCAUAUCUGCAUCAGAGACAUAGCUCGGAGGAUCAUUCAAGUGGAUAUGUUUUCCGACAUGCUUGUGGUUGUGGCCAUUCACGGCGACUAUGAACCGACCCUUUUGAUUUUGAAUCGGCGAAUGUUACUUUCAAUCGUUUUGCUGGCUGUGACAAUUUUCUUGCAGUUGUCCAGUUACCAAGAGUAAGCAUAACAGGACAUAUUCAGUUAUCAUCAUGGACUUUGAUUCGAGUUGGUGGUGCAAAGUACUAUGAAGCUUCAAAAGGUUUGCUUCAGAGUGGAUUUUAUCCUACUCAAAAGGUUCUUAUCCAAAUGGAAAAUUAGUGCACAAAUGAGGGAGAGUCCAAUAGAUUUUAGCAUGAAUGCCCUCAUGGGCACUGUUUCUAUUGGCUUUGAGCAUGAAUGCCCUCAUGGGCAUUGUUUCCUACUGAAUCCUGAUCAUCUUAAAGAGCUUGGAUCGUCUUAUGCUGCAUGCAAUGUGGCUGAUCCUCUCAAAUUUGGUAAAAGUGGUCGUCAUGGUAAAGCUCGUGAUAGUAUUAAUGCAGCAAAUGCCACCAUUAUGCAUUUCUAAUUAUCUUAGUCGAGAUGGAAAAGAUUUUUCUAUCAUCCCGUGAGAUCCCACAUCGGUUGGAGAGAGGAAGGAGUGCCAGCAAAGACGCUGGGCCUCGAAAAGAAGUGGAUUCUGAGAUCGCAUAUCGAUUGGAGAGGAGAUCAAGGCAUUUUUUAUAAGGGUGUGAAACCUCACUAGCAGAUGCGUUUUUAAAUUUUGUAGGGAAGUCCGAAAGGAAAAGUUGAAAGAUAACAAUAUCCGCUAAGUGCACCUAAUAUCAUUCACUGAUCUUCUACUUGUAGGAGUUGGGCUUGCCCCCAUUCUGUUCCUGGACGGCAGCAGAAACUGCAGUUCACAUUUGGAUGUCAAGUGGUGUUGCCUCCCGAGAGCUUCCUGACACUUAGGCUUCCAUUUGUUUAUGGUAUGCAACUUGAGGAUGGAAGUCUUCACCCUCUUAACCCUCUCCAACAUCAACCUGAAGCGACUGCAUGGAUAAUUGGGGGUACAACGUUAGAGAUCCUGUCAAAGCCUGGCUGUCUGGAUCAGGGAUCUCAAACAUAAUCAAAGUCUUAAACACUGGAAACUUGAUCUGUCUGAUCUGCAGCAGCCAGUCCAGGCAGCCCUGUUCCUCCAAAACUCAUGGUAGUAUCUGCGAGUCCAAAUUAAACAAAACAAGUCGGAAUAUGUUCUUAUGAAGUGUUCUCAUUUAGUUCUUAAAUGUUUCGUAUUAGUUUGUUACAACUGAUAUUUGCUUGUAUAGAUUACUGUUUUUGUUUGUAGUUUGGAAUUGGGAAAUGAAGAUUUGUGGAGCUUUUAGCUCAAAUUGGAUAUUGGAUUAGUU